CAGCCUCAGCAUGGAAACCGCGGUGCCAGUCUUGGUGGCGCUCGCCUGCUUCAUCGCUUCCCCAGUGCUGGGAGUCUCCUACCUGGACGGGGCAUUCUUGAACGCGACGCGGCCCAUCCCGCCUCUGGAUCAGCUGUACUACUACCCCGUCGCCAAUGGGACGGCCACCAAGCAGCUGAUUACCGAUGGUGUGGUAUCUUACUUGGCCACCAUGGACGAGGGCACCGGGUACCAGGGAGGAAACUCGGGCAAUGGAGUCCUCCUAACCAUGGAACACCUGCAGCAGGGCAUCGACCGCGCAGCCUGGGAAAUAAGCACCGGCGUCAACACCUCGUUCGACUUUGUGCUCCCAGGAAUGACUAUGUGUUACUGGAACUUCACGAAUGCUGUGCUGGCCGGGCUGAAUUCCACAGAAGAGGGCAACGUCGCGCUUGAGGCUGAAUCACCUGCAGGCUGGGACAGGGACUUCCCCAUAUGGUCUAUGGACGAGGUGUUCGUCCACCUGCCAGAGAUGGUGACUCCAGAGCUGGAGAGGGUGCGCAGCUGGGCCAUCGACUUCAUCAACGCCGGCAUCGACGCCGCCAUCAAGGAGCUGCCCAGCCUCAUGGAGAGAGGCCGCCAGGAGGCGCUGUACCCGAUGGCGUACUCCGCCCAGCUGCAGGCGUACAGCAACCGCCGGCAGUACGGCGCCCUGUUCCAGCAGCACUCCAGCCCGGACGUCUACAGCGACUACGCAGAGGCCGAGGCACAGCUGCUCUCCCUGGAUGUAAUCUCACUCAUUGAGAAAAAGAAAGCGAGAAACGUGUAGACGGAGCCCUCUUUCCGUAAAUUACUGUGACUUGGCUAAUAAACAUCAUUUGUUCAGUGAAAAA